AGGCGCCAAACAAAACUCAAAAUUAAUCAAUAUGACUUCGAACAGCCAUUCUACGAUGGAUGAUUUGGAAAGUGAAGAUAACACCACAGCAAACCCAAAUGAGCAAGAUUUGGCCAAUUGUGAAGACAACAAUGUAAAGUCGAAUCCUUUAAACAUGGAUUGUUGCAACAGUGCGUCCACAAUCAAAAGCUUUUUUAACAGACGAACCACAGUGUUUUUUCUUGGUGCAAUUGCAGGAUGCGUUUUUACUCUUAUCGUCGGAAAAACAGCUAUGUACUAUCUUGCGGCGGUGGCAGUUGUAUAUCUGGUGGCUCUUCUUUUGGCCAGUGGCUCUGACAACGAAUUUGGGGUCUUUGAAAGGAUCAAAUCAACAAUUUUGUCAACACUUUUUGACAGGAUAUGGAACUUUUUUGCAUUUUCACUCGGUAUUCUUGUUCUUGGCGGCUUUGUUUUAUGGGGACCCCUUUCGAUGCCUUUAUUCAUCGGGAAAUCAUUUCUGUUCUACUUCUCAUCGUUGGCGGUUGCAUUUCUGGGCAUGGCAGCUAUGAAAAUAGUAGGACAGAGAGGUGAAGAGGAAAUUAACAUAGACAGUGUCCCUCCUCCAUCCCCCGAGCUUGUCCCUCCCCCAGCCCCCGAGCUUCUGUCGCCGAACGAUGCGAUGCCGGAUGACAGACAACAGGAAGGGUAUAGUCAGUUUGCUAGUUCCCAGGACCAGGCCUCGCAAAAACUUAAAUCAGGGAGGGAAACCGUACACAUGCCUCCACCCGAAAAGGCUGUACUCGCUAACGCUACUCUCAGUAAACCUAUUCAGGUUGAAAUGCGUUCUGUUGGACAGCAACCCCCAUCUGCACCAUCAACAUUUGAGCUGGUUCCCGUCAGAACUGAGCAGAAAAAAUCACUACCCACAUAUGUAGUGGCUCCCCCGUCUAGCCAUGGUAACCUGAAACUUAGUCUGGACCAGGUUGACCGUCAGAUUCUACAUUCUAUUGAGGACCACGCUAUACAGGUUUCAAAAAGUGAGCAUCCAAGCUUCAGAGAAUUGGUUUGGGAUUUGAUUUUCUCAAAACACAUUUCCAAUGAAUUAGAGAAAGUGAUAGCAAUCUUUAGAUGGCUAGCUACCAAGAAUUUAAAAGAAAUGAUAUUUGACAAGGUUGAGAAAGGAAGUCCUGAGGAAGUUCUUUUAGGUCUCAAAGAGGGGAAAACCACAUACGCUAAAGUGUUUGACAUGAUGUGCAAUUAUGCGGGAUUACAUUCCAGAAUUAUUAGCGGGUAUUGUAAAGGGGUCGACUACAAUCCUGGUAUGAAGUUCAAUCCCGACACAGACCAGCACUCCUGGAACGCAGUCUACAUCAACGGAACUUGGGGUCAUGUGGAUGCUAACUGGGGCGCCAGGGGGGUCAUAAAAAAACUUAGAAAACUCCACUACCGGCUAGAUGAGUAUUACUUUCUUCCAGAUCCCCAUCAUUUUAUCUGCGACCACUUUCCUAAUGACCAACAGUGGCAGUUGUUAGAAAGGCCCAUAACGUUGGAUGAAUUCGAGAACAUGCCACACAUUAAACCCGAGUUCUUUACGUAUGGGCUAGAGAUUGUGAGCCACCAGUCUGUGAUAAUUUAUGGACAAUAUGAAGUAUAUGUUCGUCUCAGAUAUCCUUCCCAUGAACAUAAGUUGGAUUUCGACUUCAUUUUGCAGUUUGAGAGUGGCGAGGAGGAGAAGUAUAAAGGAACAAAACUGAACCGCUAUGGCAUGCAGGAGAGUGUUGAUGGAAUUGCUUCCUUCAGAUUUCGCCUCCCAAUAAAGGAAUCAUACAUUCUUUCCAUAUGUGUUAAGGAAUAUAAACCAGAGAACAUAGUUAGUUUGCACGAAGUUUGCGAGUAUAAGAUUGUCCAGGAAGAAGUAUCGAUCACCGAACUACACCCCUUCCCACCUUGUACAUACCUGAACUGGGGACCUAGCUCCUAUUUCUACAUAUAUGGUCUGACCACCAACCAACAGACUGCCCAGAUCUCGACUAGGGAUGGAAAAGCAGAGCUACAGAUUAUAAUACCAAAACAGAUGCAAUUCAUGACUAAAUUAAAGCACAAUGAUCGAAACGAUGCCGACUUAGAGGGUUAUGCUAUUCACUGGAUUGUGGGAAACACUGUUUAUUUCAACAUCACUGCUCCUAGUUGUGGUGAAUACGGACUAGAAAUUCAUGCUAAUAACCCAGCAACCGACGGCUCAACUCUGCAUCAAGUGGCACAAUAUUUAGUGGAGUGUAGCGAAGACGUAGAGCCCGUUUCUUUACCAAAACUGUAUGCUGGGUAUCUUGGAGCUAAACCUAAAUUCAAUGAUUAUGGUCUGAACACAUUAAGUCACCACAUACCUGUAAUUUACCUCGAAGCUAAUACUGUCAAAAUUCAAGUCUCGGUCGCCCAAGACAUAAGAGUUGAUGCCGACUUGAUAGAAGUGGAAUCGGACCGAAAGUUGCCGGAAUUCGUCUUUACCCAGACCAAGGAUUCAGUGGUCAGCUUCAUCGUAAACUGUCCAUCCAUAGGGUUCUACAAACUACAGCUGUACGCCAUCCCAGUCCACGACCCAAGCAAACAGCUACCGGGGGUCUACAACUACCUUAUCAACUGUCAGAGAAAGACCGAGAACGUCUAUCCUUUUCCCAUGCAAUACACCAAGUGGAAGGAAGGCUGCUAUCUGUGGGAACCACUUGUCGUUCACAAGGAGAUAGGGAAACCCACAGUUAACUUCCACCUUAAAAUCCCCAAGGCUGAAGAUGUCGCCGUAGUGGUGAAUCAGGAGUGGACCCACCUUAAAUCAUCGACGCCGGAAAUUUGGCAAGGGGAGAUAGAGUGUGCAGCUCAUUGCUUGAUAACUACGGGCUGUGGAACCAUUUUGUUUGACAGUAAGAUCAAGUACAGACAGAAGGGUUCAUGCACUCUGGUCACUGAGUCGUCGCCAACCAUCAUUGAUAUAAUAGACAACCUUGGCGACAUGUGCAACAUGAACUCUCCAUACAGUAAAGCCAUAGUUACUACCAAUGGGGUUCAUCUCUAUGACGACGCCGCGUCACUGACCACUGGGGCAUGUAGGAAUAUGACGAAUGCAGAGUUGUUCCAAGGAUUCGCCUCCCUCCCUGAUAAAAGCACGUGGACAGCUCUGCUUACCCACACCAAUACUUAUAUUGACCUAUUUACAGAUGCUGGUCAAGUUUAUCGAUGGAGUAAUAAAAAGGGAGAUCUUGUCCCAGUAUCAGGGUAUCCCAAAACCAAACAGGCUUACAUCGCAGAUGCCGUUUAUUACACUCCUACAAACAUCUUUAGCGGUGCCCAUUGGUCGGUUUACACACAAAUCACCGGCAGCAUGACCUUGUACUUCUUUGACGCGUCCACUGGCACAAUAUAUUACCACAACAACCAGCAACCUUAUGAAGGCAGUUUCCCUAUCAGCGACACGACAAACGUGGAUAACAAUGAGAAGCCAUUAAACCUGUGGUACAAUCUACCCAGCAACGUGGUGGGCGUUACCGGACAAGGAAACACAAAUCGUUUUAUCGUCGUUGACGUUAACCUUAAUGUGUAUUUCUACGAUAUAAAAGACCCAGAUAACGUCAACACUUCUCCGCCUGUGUGUUCCCUGCAGGGACAGUUACGGUUUUGAUUGGGUUUAUAGAUGUACUUUAUUAAGUGAGUAUGAUGGUCGGGGCCAUUUUAUGACUGUAUUGAUCUCCUUUAGAAGAAGAGCUCUGUAUAACAAUACAGGAUAAUACUCAAAAUUUAAAGCUUAAGUUCGUGGGGUUUUUUCCUUUACUAAAUAAUACUUUAUAUCUUUAAAAUAGAUCAUUUCGAAUAAUUAAAAGUAGAUUUGAAAGGUAAUUUGUAGACCACCCAGGCUCCUUAAGGUUUUCCAAGAGCUUUAAUUUAAUCUAAACAAAGAAUAAUUGGUUUUAUGCAUUCAUACUUUAUUAACAUUCUUUAAUAUUCAUUGUGCAUGUACAUAUCAUAUUAAGCGUGGGUGCUAGACCUUCUGAAAUUUUGAUUUUAUGUAUCACUAUGAAUCAAAACAACAUUCACAAUACCAAACCAGACACCAUUCAUAUCAGUUGAUGCUUGCAAAAAGUCCAUUCAUUCGUGUCUGUGAAUUCUUUAAAGUGAGUGUAAUAAUAUCUAUAGAGAACGUUUUUCAUGAAAGAUCAUAGACGCACCAAAAAUUCAAUUAAAAAUCUAUACCACCAUUGUAUUAUUUUAAGCAAGCAUCCGCAUACAUUAGCCUGAUAGACUUGAUUGUUUGCUAUUUUAUAUCCCGGCGUUUAUAUCCAUUAAUACGUGUUUGUGAAUAAUUCUUUAAAGCAAGUGUAAUAAUGACUAUAUUGAACUGUGUGGUUUUUUAUAAACAAAAGAUGAU